GGAUCAUAACUUCAUAAGCAUGUGAAUGUGCUUAAUUUAAGUAUUCGGCUCGGCUAAUUCAUCAACAAUGUCGAUAAUGAACAAAAUAAUUUAAAAUUAAAACAGUAUUCUCAGUAGUAAUAGUCAAUAGUAAAUAGUCUAAUAGUAAGUGAAGUAAGUGUUCUGUUCUUUAAAAAAUAAUGUAUGCGUGUAGCCUAACACUAUACACUAUAGAUAGACUAUUGUCACUAUACACUGUCCUUAAAUUUUUAAAUACUACAUAUAUAUGGGGGCAUCCAUAAAUGACGUCACAGUAAAAAAAAAAAGGGGGGGGUGUGGGUCAGAUUUUUGUGACGAUGUGUGACGAGGGAGGGGGGGGGGGCCCUCAAGCUAUGUGACAUCACAUGAAAAGCAGAACUUGUAGUAAAGAAUUUCACUUCAUAACACUGAAUUACAGAGGUUUUUUACAUUAUUAAAAAACAAAAAAACAAUUAUAGCCUAAAUAUUUCAUUUUAAAACUACUGUCACUGAGAGAAUCAGCGCGAGGUCUGAAGAAUGGCCUCUGAUCAAGUUACAGGAUGCCCAGUAGUGGGAGAAUCGGAAUGUAGUUACAAUGACAGUCGUGAGAAUUUAUGGCUAAACCUGGACAGAAGAAGUGGGAUGGAGCAGAAAAAAAGGUUGACCACGGGCAGGGAGGAGGGGGGUAUCUUAGUAAAAGCUCUAGAGCAGGGAUUCUUAAUCUUUUUUUGCAGCGUUGCAGGCCCACUCCAAUUUACAAAUUCCUUCCCCAACCGUAUACAUUAGGCCUACAUUGUAACAAUAAAAUUUUAAAUAAUUAAAUAAUUUAGUUAUCGUAGUUUUAUUUCUUUAAUUAACUUUUUAUAAACAGGGGAAAAAAUUACCAAUACACACAAUGCACCAAUGAAAUUUACCAUUGACUGCUGCUAAUCAAAAUACAUAUUUAAAAAUUUUUUUUUUUAAAAGCAACAACAACUAGCAAUUGCAGCAAAUAGAAUCAGUGGCGUAUCUAGGGUUGAUAUCACCCGGUCCGGUAAGCUCAUGGUGUCAACAACCCCCCCCCCCUUUUUUUUUUUUACGAUGUAUUUCUUCUUGUUAAACUUAGUCCAAAGUAUAAGAAAUACAAGAAAAACAAAAAAUUAAUUGAAAGUCAAGAGGUAAAUGUAUUUAAGAACUGCAACGUUCUUAGAAUCGCCCAUUGUUAUCAUAGGAUAAUUUUAUUUCUCAGAAUUUAGAUAAAAAUAGCUUCCUGCCGCUUACAAAAAUUGCCAAACACUUCAUUCGGCUAUGAAAUAUGUUCAAAUGGUGUGUUUCUGACCUAAUAAUAAGGUAACCUAAUUGCUAACGCAUCAACCUUGAAAUUUUAAUAUUAACGAAAUAAACACGCAUUUUGAUUGGUUACAUGGGUGGAAAUGUACGUGUCAUCUGUUAUUCUUUUACAAAUUUCGGUUAGACCGAUCAGUGUGUGCUCUGUAAUUAUGCUAUCUUUCAAUUUGGUGUCACCCCUUGAGUUUGCCUUAGAUGGUGUCAGCCGGUGUGGUCCGCAACCCCCUAGCUACGCCACUGAAUACAAUUUUUUGGUCUCCCGCACCUCAAGGCUGGGGAGGUACUUUUACCCCUGUUAAGGAACCACUGAUCUAGUGAAAUGUUUAUGACAUGGGUGCAGUAAUUUGAUAUCCAUGGGAGGUGAAUUUCUUAAGGGUUUGAAAAGGACAGUAGUGGACACAGGGACUUUUAAAAGGGGGGGGGGUGCAGAGAUUUGUGACGUUAUAUUUGAGGGGGGUCUAACUUUUUGUGAUGAUUUGUGACGAUGGGGGGGGGGGGGUAAAAAAUCGGCAAAAUUUGCGUGACGUCAUUUAUGGAUGGCCCCUAUACUUAUAUACUAUAUUAAUUUAUAGAGGUACUUUUACCCCUGUUAAGGAACCACUGAUCUAGUGAAAUGUUUAUGACAUGGGUGCAGUAAUUUGAUAUCCAUGGGAGGUGAAUUUCAUAAGGGUUUGAAAAGGACAGUAGUGGACACAGGGACUUUUAAAAGGGGGGGGGGUGCAGAGAUUUGUGACGUUAUAUUUGAGGGGGGUCUAACUUUUUGUGAUGAUUUGUGACGAUGGGGGGAGGGGGGUAAAAAAUCGGCAAAAUUUGCGUGACGUCAUUUAUGGAUGGCCCCUAUACUUAUAUACUAUAUUAAUUUAUAUUUAAAAAGUCUCACUAAUACUAGGCAUUAGGCCACAUAUUUUAGAUAUUUUUAUCCACUAAUCACAUAAAAAUGUCCCCACUCUAGUCUUUCACGUUUUAAACUUUUUUUCAGGAAAUAUUUAUAAUUUAUAAUACUUUAAUAGAACAAUGCCUCUGAAAUAUGUGUCAGCCCCUUAUCCUGGCCAUUGAACUGUACCGGGUACAUGAUUUGAUGAUUUGGAUAAAUGACAAUGUCCUUAAUUUCAAAUAAAAUGGUAUUCAAUAAUUUCCCCUAUCAGAUCACUAUCCAACUUCAUGAUUCAUUGAGUUUGAGUUUGGAGGUAUGGGUAUGCUCAUGUAAAUGUGCUUUUAACUGCAUUUUCAGACAUUACUGUAAAAUAUAUUUUGAAAGAAAAUCUAAUUGGAUUUAAAUUACGGUUUUUCAUAUAAAAAUGAACACAUCCUCUUUCCUCCCACUGAAAUGUGUUUGGGGUAGGCAGUUAAAUACAUUAUUUUAUUAGUUUUAAAACUAUCUAUUUACUAUAGGCCUAUACCAAUUUAAAGAGUGUAACCUAUUUGAACUUUGAGAGAUUUAUAUACUCAUCAUAAUAUUCACCCACCACCUCUGCAACCUAUUUUCUGCUGCCUAAUUUAUUCAGUUUUAUCAAGCAAUUCUCCUAAUAAUUCCAUCAGGCACAUUUUGCUUAACCUGAAUUUGAACAAUAUAUUCUAAUAGUUCGUAGCUUAUUUCCAUAUGUUUAAAGAAUAUGGUUAUGUAUAUUUACAUAAAAUAUAAACCAAAUUUAAAUCUGUAACAUAAUUGGGUUUGGAGAUACUGAUAUGAAAUGUAACCCCCCCCCACCCCCAUCCCCCACUUUAAAAAAACAACUAAAAGUACAAAUUUCAAUCACCCUUGAAAUGUAAAAAAAACAAAGUGGUAAAAUAAAUAGUUCACAUAUUUAUUUUAUAUUAACCACAUAGUUUUCCCAAAAAUUGAAAAAUAUUGCUUGAUAAGCAUUUUCCUAUUUUAACUAUUUUUUUACAUUAAGUUCCUUUUUUUCUGUAAUAAUUGUAUUAAUUUAUUUUUUAAAAUUUUUUGGACUGAAAAAAAUUACAAUUUAUCAAAUGUUUAAUUUAAUAAGCUUAAUUUGUGUGUGGUGUGUUAAAUUACUAAGUUAAAAAUCAAUUUAAUUAUAAUUAAAAAAAAAAAAAAUUAAAAAAACACCAUCAGUUUUGUAAAGUGGUUAAAAUCCCCCCAAAAAGGUUACUGCUGGUGAUUUUCAGGCCGUUUAAGCCAUUAUAAUUUAUUUGGAUUUAAUCAUUAGACCAUACGAUCCUCAUAACUUAAAGUGACACUAUAACAAUGGUUUGAUAAUAACGAGAUAAAAAGCAUUUUAAAAUUUUAAUUUUAACUAUAUUUAUAACAGAAUGCCUUUUAUUUCAAAUACAAUCUCACAUUGAGGUUUAUACUAAAUAAACACAGAUGACAGUGUUGUGUACAUCUCCUUUUAUUAAGACACUUUGGGAAAACCCUAAGAUCCGGUAUCUUAAUGUUGCUGUCAAUCUGAUAUAAAAAUAUUUUUUUUACUUAACCUUCAAAUUGUUAUGUACCCUUGUAUGGUUUUAAAAAUUUAAUCUGUUUUAAGAUUUAGCUCGCGAAAUGAAAAUUAUGUAACAAAGGACUGAAAACAAGUAUAGGCCUACUGGUUGUUGAAUUAUCCAAAAAUAAUUUAAUUCAAUGUCAAACCCCCAUUUCUGUCCAUGUGAUACUAAUGCCUUUAAUUUAGAGAAUGGACACUGGAAAUUUUGGAUGCGACCACAGCACUCUGUCAUGCAACAUUAACAACAUUAUCUAUAGUGAGCCAGUUCAAUGUUCAUACAUGAACACCUCUAUCAUACAACAAUAUUUCCUAUGGUUAGUGAGACAGUUCAAUGUUCAUACAUGAACACCUCUAUCAUACAACAAUAUUUCCUAUGGUUAGUGAGACAGUUCAAUGUUCAUACAUGAACACCUCUAUCAUACAACAAUAUUUCCUAUGUUUAAUGAGCCAGUUAAAUGUUAAUACAUGAAUACUCAAUCAUACAACAAUAAUAUUUCCUAUAGUGAGCUAUUUUAACACAUGAAUCACUCUAUAAAACAAGAAUGCUUUUUCUUGUUGUGAGCUAUUUUAAUGCAUGAACCACUCUGUCAUAAAACAAUAAUAUUUCCUAUGGUUAGUGAGUCAGUUAAAUUUUAAUACAUGUACCCCUCUAUCAAACAACAGGAACAACAUUUUCUCAAAUAAGUUAUUUGCUUCUACGGCUGCAAUUGUUCUCAAACUCAACCUGAGAAGUACCCCUAAGUAUCUCCAAUGGCAGAAGAAUCAGAACAAGAAAAAAGAGAAAAGAAUUAUAAAAUUAAUGAGUAUAUGGUCAAGGCAACCGAUAUGACGGACGCAAUGAGAGAUCAGUCAGUGAGAAUUAUCUCCAGCAAUGUCAGGUACUACAAAGAACCACAGGUAUGGACAAUGAACACCAUAUGUUCAAAUUAGUUUUUAACAAUUGAUUGAACUUUUUAAUGCAAAACAAACAAUUAUACAUACAAUAUUGCCAGUUGAACAACUGGACAGUAGUGGCAUGCAAACAAUUGUACAGCAUCUGCAUUUCAAAAGUUAUUUAUUUUUGGCAUUUCAACAGUUAUUUAUUAUUUGCAUUUCAACAGUUAUUUAUUAUUGGCUUUUCAACAGUUAUUUCUUAUUUGCAUUUCAACAGUUAUUUAUUAUUGGCAUUUCAACAGUUUUUCAUGAUGGCAGUAAAAAAUACAAUGUACCGUAUUGGCAGUUGAUCAGCCAAUUCAAUGGCAUCGGUGUCAACUCCUAUGUUCUACUGGAUUGGUUAAUUCGUUAAGUUCUUUCACACGUUGAAAUAUGUAAUACUAAUAUUGAAUAAACUCAGGUCCUUUAACAUAAUUAAUGUAACUUAAAUAUCUCAUUAUUAACAUAAUGCAUAUAAUCAUAUAGCGCAGCUCGCUAUCAGACAUAAAUAAAAAACAUCCUACUUCUACAAAGUUCCAUAGGCAUUGGGACUGCUGCAUGACUAAAACUUAUGUCACAGUCUAGAGUCUAGACUCUAGACAAUAGGUCACAAUCAGCAUAUAAAUAGGUCACACAGUCAAGCAAGGGAAGAGCCUUCACACAGUCAAGCAAGGGAAGAGCCUUCACACAGUCAAGCAAGGGAAGAGCCUUCACUAACUAUUAAACCUCUCAAAAACUCACACGUGCUAAUGAAACAUAAUAAAUAAUAAUAUUCAAUCGCAACAAUAAUAUGGAACUCCCAUACUCGACAAUCGCAGUGGAAUAUAAAAUAAGGAGCCUACAUAAUAUAGGAUUUUGGAUAAAUAUUGGUCCACAUUACUGGGAUUCAAAAAAGCUCUUUGUGUCAUUACUUCUCUUCGUUUCAUUACUUCUCUUUGUGUCCUUACUUCUCUUCAUGUCAUUACUUCUCUUCAUGUCAUUACUUCUCUUUGUGUCCUUACUUCUCUUCAUUUCCUUACUUCUCUUCGUGUCAUUACUUCUCUUCAUGUCAUUACUUCUCUUCGUGUCAUUACUUCUCUUCGUGUCAUUACUUCUCUUCGUGUCAUUACUUCUCUUCAUGUCAUUACUUCUCUUCAUGUCCUUACUUCUCUUCAUGUCCUUACUUCUCUUUGUGUUCUUACUUCUCUUCGUGUCAUUACUUCUCUUCGUGUCAUUACUUCUCUUUAUGUCAUUACUUUCAUUCACUUUAAAAAAUAGAAAACCUGCAUUUUUAAAAAUGACACUAUGGAAUUGAAGUUUUUUUUAAAAAUAUGACUUUACUUGAUUGUUGGAUAAAAAAAACGAAGUGUUCCGAGUUAAGCUUGCCCAGGGCACCAGCAACCGUAGGGCCACCCCUACUCAUUUAUAAUGUGGUUCUCAGAAUAUUUAUAGCAGAUAGAAAAGCCAUUAUAGUUAUACAAAUGGCUCUUUGCAUUGAAAAUAAAGUUGCCAACUCCUGGACCAAAUGGAGUGGAGUUGUUUGAGUUGUGCCAACUCCUGGACCAGAUGGAGUGGAGUUGUUUGAUUUGUGCCAACUCCUGGACCAGAUGGAGUGGAGUUGUUUGAGUUGUGCCAACUCCUGGACCUGAUGGAGUGGAGUUGUUUGAGUUGUGCCAACUCCUGGACCUGAUGGAGUGGAGUUGUUUGAGUUGUGCCAACUCCUGGAUCAGAUGGAGUGGAGUUGUUUGAGUUGUGCCAACUCCUGGACCUGAUGGUGUGGAGUUUUUUAAAUUUAGCCAACUUGUUAUAUCACAGGUAAACAUAGUUACGUUAAUGGGACUUCACAAAGUCUCGUUACAUGACAGAUAUAAACUACAUAGUUACAUUAUUUGGAGAGUCGGUUUAAUUUUUCAUUAAAUUUUUGUGGCCUAGAUUUAAAUAAUACUAUCCACUCAAUAUUCUUAAACCUACAUAGACUUAUUCACUAAAUCCUUGUAUAUGUUAAUUAUUUUAUUAAUUAAAAAGAAAAAAGUUAAGUGACAUCCAGAAAAUGACAUCACAUUUAAUGUUGUUUUUUAAAUUAAUUUUUUUAAAUUGUGGGCGGGGGAGGUCAAGAAUUGCUGACGAUGUAUUAUAAGGAUGUCUAAGUUCUGUGACUAUUGGGGGGGGGGGGGAAUAAUUAGGUUUUUUUUUCUUCCGAAAUUUGUUGAAAAUUGCUGUCAUUUAUGGUUGGCCCCAUUGCUGACGAUGUAUUAUAAGGAUGUCUAAGUUCUGUGACUAUUGGGGGGGGGGGGAAUAAUUAGGUUUUUUUUUCUUCCGAAAAUUGAUGAAAAUUGCUGUCAUUUAUGGAUGGGCCCCUAAGUUUGACAUAGAUUUAAAAUCAUUCUUCCUUGGUGUUUUCAUCAGUUGAUAGCCAAGGGCGUCAAGGAGGAUUUUGACAAAAAGUUCAAGUACAACUGGCAUUGCGUGGUCGGCGCAGAUUUCGGCAGCACGGUGACCCACGAGGGCAGUCACUUCCUGUUCAUGUUUGUCGACACGUUGGCCGUGCUCGUCUUCAAGACCAGAGAAUGAAACACCUUCGACCCGCAGUGCGAAAUACCCUUCACCAGAUACCAUCAUCUGACUCCUUUGGCCCGCAGUAUGAAACACCCUUCACCAGAGUCACCAGACACCAUCAUCUGACUACUUUGGCCCGCAGUAUGAAACACCCUUCACCAGUUUCCCCAGACACCAUCAUCUGACUACUUUGGCCCGCAGUACGAAACACCCUUCACCAGAGUCACCAGAGUCACCAGACACCAUCAUCUGACUAUUUUGGUCCGCAGUACGAAACACCCUUCACCAGUUUCUCCAGACACCAUCAUCUGUGAUGAUAUGCACCAAAAGAUUUCUUUAAAACUCCAGAGGGACAUGAUUCUGCAACUGUGGUGAAUGACAUUUACAAUUGUGGUGAAUGACAUUUACAAUUGUGGUGAAUGACUUUUACAAUUAUGGUGAAUGACAUUUACAAUUGUGGUGAAUGACAUUUACAAUUGUGGUGAAUGACAAUUACAAUUGUGGUGAAUGACCUACAAUUGUGGUGAAUGACAUUUACAAUUGUGGUUAUGACAUUUAAAACUGUGGUGAAUGACAUUUACAACUGGUGAAUGACAUUUACAUUUGUGGUGAAUGACACAGCUGUGGUGAAUGACACUUACAACUGUGGUGAAUGACACAACUGUGGUGAAUGACACAGCUGUGGUGAAUGACACUUACAACUGUGGUGAAUGACACAGCUGUGGUGAAUGACACAGCUGUGGUGAAUGACACUUACAACUGUGGUGAAUGACACAGCUGU